GCGAGGCAAGGCAAGCGAGGCAAGCGAGGCAAGGCAAGCGAGGCAAGGCAGGGCGAUGCGGGGCGGGGCGGGGGCGACAGAUCCUGGGGUCUCGGCGGAAAUAGUCAAGGCAGCAGUGUGCUGAUGAACAAAAGUCAACCCAGAGCAGAGCCAGCCUGGUCCAGAACAGGCAACGCCGAUGCAGGAAUGCCCCAAGCCGGGGUGGCCUGGUCGAUUGGUGCUGCGCACAUGCCCCAGCUGCGCAGCGCCCAUGAUUUCUCGGCUCUGUCGGGUUCAUCCCGGCCACAGGUCCUCGGCCCGAUCUGCGUCGUUGGGGGGAGGGGAGCCUGCGCUCGUCAAGCACGCAUCAGACACCCACCAGGCGCCCCUCGAGCGUUUCGGCUGGAGCCGCUGCUUCGAGUAACUCCCCGACCGCUGCAUCGAGUACCUCCCCGACCGCUGCAUCCCGCGAUGGCCAUGUCGCCAAACGGCUCCCGAUCCAUGUCCAAGCUCGAUGAUGCCCUCCAUGCCGUCCUCCUGAAACGAGCCGAGAGCGGCCUCUUGCGCGCACUGAUCGAGCCGCCCAAGAUCGACUUUGCUUCGAACGACUAUCUGUCGCUCGCCCGCAACCCGUCCAUCCAUGCCAGGGUCCUUCGGUUGCAGCAAGAUUCAUUCAACCGCAGCCCUGCCCCAUCGCCCCCUUCCGGCGGAUCGACAGGCUCACGUUUGCUUUCCGGAAACUCGGCGACGGCUUCCUUGCUUGAAGGCCAUCUUGCUCGGUUCCACCAAGCACCCGCGGCCCUGCUCUUCAAUUCUGGAUACGAUGCCAAUCUUUCGCUCUUUGCAACGCUGCCCCAGCCCGGCGACUACAUCAUCAUCGACUCUCUCAUCCACGCCUCUGUCCACGACGGAUGCAAAAUCUCCAGAGCCAAGCAAGUUCUGCAGUUUGCCCACAACUCUGCUGCCGAUCUCCGGCGCCAGAUCGACGCCAUCCUCGCCCACCACGGCCGCCAAACCUCGACAAUGCCCAACAUCGUUGUCGGCGUCGAGAGCCUAUAUUCAAUGGACGGCGAUACGGCUCCGCUCCGUGAGCUCGUCGAGGUCUGCGAGUCCUUCACCAACGUCCAUUUGAUUGUGGACGAGGCGCAUGCGACCGGGUGCUAUGGACCCAGCGGCGAAGGGGUUGUUGUGCAGCUCGGUCUCCAGGAUCGCAUCUUUGCGAGGCUCCACACCUUUGGCAAGGCAGUUGGAUGUCAUGGAGCCGUUGUUGUCGGUUCGCCGAUCCUGAAGGAGUACUUGAUCAACUACGCCCGGCCAUUGAUCUACUCGACGUUCAUGUCCCAUCACAAUCUGCUCGCCAUUCGAUGCGCAUACGACUAUCUGGAAGAGCAUGCCUCCGAGCUCCAGAGUCGGCUCCACAACCUGAUCCGUGAAUUCAGAGAAUGUAUCCAAGCCACAGCCAUCCCACCGCAUUACAUCCUCCCUUCCGAUAGUCCCAUCCAGGGCAUCAUUGUUCCUGGAAACGCCGAGUGCUCAUCGGUUUGCACCCAGCUGCAAGGCCUCGGCUUUGAUGUUCGGCCCAUUCGCUCCCCAACAGUCCCCAAGGGCGAGGAGCGUCUGCGCAUCUGUCUUCACCUCCACAACGAUUCGGCCCAGAUCCAUCAACUGGUGCGGGCUCUCUCUCAGAUCCUGGCCCGUACCAACUCUCCGAGGCCAGUGCCGCGGUCGAAACUCUAGCUUGCCAUGCGGCCUCUGUCAAGUCGAUCGAACCCAUAGAGUCCAAUACAUAGCACGUUCACGCAUGAGCCUGAGGAAGGUCAAUGCUUUUGCUCAGAAACGUGGGAAGGCUUGAUGACAGCA